ACAAAGCAAACAUUUUUCACACCCCCCUUCACGACCUCUACUCUGUGCGCGCUCAACAAUUUCAUCAUCAGAUGAACUUCAUUAACCCACAAAACCAUUUCCCCCAAAUCAUUUCGCCUUAAUUCCCAAUAGCUCACUUUCUAGGGUUUAUAUGCUCCUCACAACGAUGCCUGAUUUAGGCAACCUUAUAACCAUGAAUCCUCUCACUAUCACUUCUUGUUCCAACAAUUCCAGACCCGACCCGAAUCCGAACAAGGAGCUAGAAAACCCGGUGGAACAGGAGAGUAAUGGCCCGAUGUGUGCUGCGAUCAAGAAAUUGACCGGUUCGAAGAGUCUGGAUGAUUAUUUGAGGCAGUGGAUUGCGAAGAACGAGGACCUCGGUGCUCCCAAAUCGAAAUCGUUUCUUCCUUUUCUUGUUUCAGCUCCAAAACUGGCUGAGUGUCUUGUGUGUGAGAAUGUAAUCUACCCCGGAGAAGAGAUACCGUGCGUCGUUCGUGAUUGUAAAGGUUCUUAUCACCUGACAUGUGCAAGGAACUGGCUUGGAUUUUCACAAUCAUCAAAAGCAUUCAAGUGUCCUCAACAUGCAUGCUAUCUAUGUAAAAAGAGUUAUCACUUAUGGCGGUGUUCAAGAUGUCAUUUAGCAUCACAUGAUAAGUGUGCCGCAUACCCGGAGUAUGUUUUGCAUUUUAAAGACAACCUGUCGCAAAAAAUCUGUUGGAGGCAUGCUAUCGAUUGGCCACCAUUAAAGCCUGCAGCGCCAACUAACAGCGUAGAGGAAUUCUUUUGCCGUUUACCGUUACCAUAUAUCGCGAAGGAGUUCAACAUUGAUCUCACAUCUAAAGACCCCGUAGAGAAAGAACUGGUAGAGAACAACAGACUCGAGCCACCCGAAUAUGUGCAUAUCAGGCGUAACAUCUACCUUGUAAAGAAAAAGCGUGAUGGCACUGAUCGGAGUACUGGAUGCACCGACUGUAGUUCUAGCACGUGCUCUGAUGAUUGUGUAUGCAGGUCUCAGUGUAUAAGCUGUUCAAAAGCUUGUCGAUGUUCAGAAACAUGUACAAACAAGCCCUUCAGAAAAGACAAAAAGAUCAAAAUUGUUUCGACUAAACACUGUGGAUGGGGUGUAGAGGCUGCUGAAUCUAUCAAAAAAGGUGAAUUCAUUAUAGAAUAUGUCGGUGAAGUUAUUAGUGAUGCUUUGUGUGAGCAACGACUUUGGGACAUGAAGUACAAGGGGCUUAAGAACUUUUACAUGUGUGAAAUUCGAAAAGAUUUUACCAUUGAUGCCACCUUUAAAGGGAACGCCUCUCGUUUUCUAAAUCAUAGUUGCGGUCCUAAUUGUAAUUUGGAAAAAUGGGAUGUUGAUGGGGAGACUCGGGUUGGUGUUUUUGCUGCCAGAGCUAUAGAAGCGGGUGAACCCUUGACUUACGAUUAUCGGUUUGUGCAAUUUGGUCCGGAGGUAAAGUGCCAGUGCGGUGCUUCGUGUUGUCAAGGGUAUCUCGGUUCGAAAAAGAAGACACCCAAACUGGGCCUCUGCCUGCUUGACUGGGGUGCUAAACGUCGGAGAACCGCAACUGCUAGCUUAAGGAUAAUCAGACAAUGAUACAUACUACAUGCAACAAAGGUUAACCCGUGUUAUAUAUUGGGUUUUUACCAUUUCGCCCCAACGAAAUAAAACUACAAAAGAAGGUAUAGAGGAAAAGGGAAAAUAGUUGUUUUUGUUCUGCUGUUGACAUCUUUUAUGACUUCCCUUAGAUAUGUGGACCGGACCCUCUUUUGGGGCCACAAAAAUUUCAUAACUAACUGAUAUUGAACGAUAUUCGCCUAUUCGAGCCUUGUUUCUAUAGAAACAUCUGGUUAUGAACA